CGUCGAGAUAACCAGCGCGGGAGCUCCUUGCUGCCCACCACCAUCAUGAAGCUCCUCCAUGGCCUAUCCUUGCUGGCGCUGCUCUCAUCUGUGAGCGCGCAGUACUUCUCCGAGGGCUGGGACCCCAGCAAGCCCAUCCCGACGAGCAGCUAUGGGAAGGCGAAGCCCGCGGCGGCGGAGGGGGAGGCGGCGGCUAGUGCUCCUGCGGAUGAGCCGCUGACGCCGUCGAAGUUGUUCAGCUAUCUUGACUCGGAGAAGCUUUUGCACACGAAGCCGGCGCAGUACUUGUUUGAGAAGCUGGGGAUGAACAUCACGGAGAAGCUGGACCAGGCGAAGGGGAUCUGGGACGACCGGAUACAGCUUAUCACGGACGACAACUACGAGGAGCUGAUUGUGAACGAGCCGCUCACGGAGGAAGAGGAGCACGAGAGGGUGUGGUGUAUUGUUAUAUCGACGACAGCAGCGAAACAUGACGCCGUCUCCAAGUUUGUGGACGAGCAGUUUGACAUCGCGUACAACGAUACCCUCAUUGCCGAAGACCUUCCUCAUGUCCAGUGGGGACGCAUCGACUACCUCAAUGUCACGUAUCUCACGACCAAGUGGAACGUAUGGAGCGGCCCAUGGAUCGUCAUUGCCAAAGAGCGCGGAAAGGUGCUGCGCUUCUACCGUACUGGCCUCCUGCACAUGCGCAACGGAGGUCUGAGGGAAAUGCUCCGCGACAAGGCCUACGAGAGCUAUCCACCCUGGAACAGCUCCUUCGGCCCAGGCGGGGACUACGAGCAAUAUAUGCACUACUGGGCGCAGUUCAACCUCCUGCUGCACACCUACCUCUCGAUGAUCCCGAGAUGGAUGGCGUUCAUCCUGUCGGGCACGGUCGCGUCGCUCUUCAUGCAGCUGUUGCAUAGAGGAGACAAGACACCCAAAGUACCCAAAGCUCCGGCAGUCAAGCCUGUUGCCGCACCUGCUGAGCCUACUGCGAAGCCUGAGGCGAAGACGACGUCCUCGAAGGCCGGGAAGUCGAACGCGAAGCAGAGAAAGAACAAGAAGUAGGUUGUAUGAGCGAGAUAUGCGGCGGUGUAUGUACAAAUGUAUGGUACAGGACAUAUUGGAUCAGAGAGAGGGACUUCAUGCCCAUGAGAAGGCCA